UUUCUAGUUUCUCUGUUAGUGACAAAAGAAACAAAUACUUGUACUUUGUUCUUUUUUGUUGCAGGAUUGGUUAUAGUAUGAUUGCUGAUGCAGAAGCUAAAGGACUUAUUAAACCGGGAGAGAGUGUGUUGAUUGAGCCAACAAGUGGGAACACUGGAGUUGGUUUAGCAUUUACUGCAGCUGCAAAGGGCUAUAAGCUUGUUAUAACAAUGCCAGCUUCAAUGAGUAUAGAGAGAAGAAUCAUUCUCUUAGCUUUUGGAGCUGAGUUGAUUCUUACUGAUCCGGCUAAAGGUAUGAAAGGUGCUGUUGCAAAGGCGGAGGAGAUUUUGGCGAAAACACCUAAUGGUUAUAUGCUUCAACAGUUUGAGAAUCCUGCUAAUCCAAAGAUCCAUUAUGAGACUACUGGACCUGAGAUAUGGAAAGGUGCUGGGAAGUAUCUCAAGGAACAGAACACAAACAUAAAGCUGUAUGGUGUCGAGCCUGUUGAAAGCCCUAUUCUGUCCGGUGGAAAGCCAGGUCCCCACAAAAUUCAAGGUAUAGGUGCUGGUUUUAUUCCAGGCAUUUUGGAUGUUGAUCUUAUAGAUGAAGUUGUUCAGGUUUCAAGUGAAGAAUCCAUUGACAUGGCAAGGCUUCUUGCUAGGGAAGAGGGUCUGUUAGUGGGAAUCUCAUCUGGAGCAGCAGCUACUGCAGCAAUCAAACUUGCAAAGAGGCCAGAAAAUGCUGGGAAGCUUAUAGUGGCGGUGUUUCCGAGUUUCGGGGAAAGAUAUCUAUCGACUGUACUGUUUGAUGCAGCAAGGAAAGAGGCAGAGACUAUGACCUUUGAGCCCUGAAUCUGUUCCCCUUUCUUCUUGGUGAUACAAAUAAAUGAUCUUUCUUCCAACAUAUAUAUCUUCAGAUUCUGUCUGUAUCUUGUCAUUUGUGAGAACUCAAAAGUAGUUUGUCUGCUACUAUGAACAAUCCAUUUCUAGAAAGUUUCUGGUUGAGUU